GGAAACAAAAGAUGCCUUCUCAUCCUGGUGCAGUAAACAACAGCGAUGACGACGAUGAGGAUGAUGACCUCGACGAUCUCGGUCGUGGCAGCAGUAUCACCUCCCCACUCAGUCCCAAGACCCCACCCAUUCAAAUCCAAGUCAAUGACAUCAGCCUGGAUACCGGUGGAGGGGGUGGGGAGGGUAACAUGGGUGGGGCUGUCAUCAUACCUACCAUACCAAGUCAUCAUGUGGUGAUACCCCUAGCUCCUAUAGCUACCACUCCAGAGGAUAGCUCCCCAGAGGACAUGGAUGGAGAUGGGACAGGUAGCAUCCUAUGUGAUACAAUAGAUAAAGAAAAGACAAGGAGGUAUAGCUGGGGACCUGAACCAGAUGACUCCCUCAGGGCGGAAGGAGAUGAUGGAGGAUCUCUCUCUGCGGCUUCUAGGAGUAAAAGCAUGCUGAACUUGGAUGCCACUGGUAAAGAGAGCUUUGCUGGCAAGAAUGAUCACAGGAGAGCUAACCAAGGUUCAAGAAGAGAUUCUGUCACAACAUUGCAGGUAAGGGAAUGUGGACAUGUAACGUAAACAUUUUUGUGUAAAGCACUUUCUGAGACAUUCUAUCAGUUCAGUUGUUAAACUGCCUGGUAAUUUUUUUAUCUUACCCUUUCGCACUUCAAAUGAAAUCAUUUAUAAAGUCUUACAUAGAACUAUACAGCUUCAUCAAAUCUCAUCCCUUGAUUAGACAUCUUGUUUAGUUGACAAGUUAUCAUAUCAGGUAUCAUAUCGUCGUUCGCAAUUAAAAGUACAAUUUGACACUUGAUCGCAAAAAAAAAUGAUACCAGUUUAAAUUUGCCCUUUCUACAACUUAUGUAGGCCUAUUAAUGCGGUUUUCUAUUUGGAAUAAACGCAUGCUCGAUGUUGCCCUUACUUAAGCUAGAAUUGGGAUUCAGGGGCAAUUGGAUGAUGCAAAAAAUAAUUUUGCUUCAUAAUUUUCGUUAACCCCCUCAUUAUUUUGCCAUUUCUUUAUUCUCAAAUUUCUAUAAGAAUACAGUGAUUUUGAAGAAAAUCGUCAGAAAGGACUCUCAGUACUUUAUCAGAAGAUGU